AUGAUGAAGAAGAAGAAAUACAACCUGUAUGAAGAAGUUUUUAGUACUCCACCUCAAAAGAAAUAUCAGGAGGUAAGAAAACUUUUAAAACCAAACCCACCGGAACAUACGCUUUUGGGUUUGUACCCCUAUGAACGAGUAAAAUUUACACCAACAGGAAUAAGAUAUGACGAUCAGUAUUGUACCUGGUACUAUAUUAAGCACAUAAGUGCUAGGUUGGGUAAGAAAACAAAAGGUAAACAUUGGGAAUAUGACUGGAAAGGUCCCAAUGCGCAAUUCUGGUGUAGUGAUAAAUUAUACUCACCAGAAGAUGAUUGCACCAAGUCAACACCUGACACUGGAGAUGAAGAAGAAACCACCUUGGAAUCAAGUCUAGGUAUUAAUUAUACCGUGAAUGAAUGGUUGGAUAAAACUCCAAUUCACUUGGACGACCUAAUGGUUCAAAUUAAUGAGCAAAUUGAGGAAGGUGAAGACAAUUUCACAAACCAACCAUGGUGGUUAGAACCAUUGAAAACUCCAUUAAAGAGACAUUAUGAGGAGUUUAAUAACUUCAAAGAUACUUAUCUUUGUAAUUCAGUUUGGUGGGAAGUUCCAAACCCUGUUCAAUUUGUUUGA